AUGGCUGACAAUCAAUCUUCUGAUGUGGAAUUAGACGGCAAUCAGAGUAAAAUAGUAUCUUCGUCAAGUACAUCUGUAUUAAAACGGUCAAUAGCAGAAACAUCUAAAUUACCACAAAUAACAUCUUCGUCAAGUGCUAGUUCAUCUGGAUCAAAACGGCUAAGAUCUUUGUUUGGAGCAGAAACAUCUAAAUUACCACAAAUAACAUCUUCGUCAGGUCCAAAACCAUCUAAAUUACUACAACUAAAAUAUUUGUCAAAUACAUCUGAUUUACCAAAACUAAGGGUACUGUCUCUUUUUGAUGGAAUUGGCACAGGAUAUUAUGCAUUGUUGAAGUUAGGGUUUGAUAUUGAAGUAUUUUAUGCAAGUGAAAUAGAUAAAGAUGCAUUAACGGUAACUAAACAUAACUUUUCUGACAACAUUAAACAAUUGGGUUCGGUUACUGAAAUAACCAAGAAAAUGUUGGACGAAAUCUCACCUAUAAAUCUGCUUUUUGGUGGUUCACCUUGCUCAGACCUAUCUGGUGUCAAUCAUCGAAAAAGAGGACUUCAUGAUCCAGAAGGAACUGGUAUAUUAUUCUAUGAAUUUUACCUUAUAUGGGAAUAUUUAAAUGGAAAAGCUUCUAGAGCAAAUACUCCUUUUUAUUGGUUAUUUGAAAAUGUAGCAAGCAUGGAAAAUAAAAAUAAAGAUACCAUUUCAAAAUUUUUUGAAUGCCAACCAGUUGUUCUUGAUUCAUUACACUUAAGCCCACAGCGACGUAAAAGAUAUUUUUGGUCGAGCCUCCCAGGGAUAGCAAUGUAUGCUGAUAUCCAGAAGGAUAUGUAUACUUUUGAUGCACCAAAACUAGACGAUUAUUUAGAAAAGAAUUUAGACAGACAGGCUAAUGUAGAAGUAGUUGGAACCAUCACUUCAAAAAGAAGUUGUUUACAAGAUAGCAAAUCUAGAAAUCCUGUAUGUCAAGACGGAAAAUACACAGGCUUAUAUAUAACAGAGAUUGAAAAGAUAUUUGGAUUGCCAGCACAUUUCACUGAUGUUGGUGAUUUGUCAAUAUCGAGUCGCCAAAAACUUCUCGGAAGAGCUUGGAGUGUGCAAGUUAUUAUGGAUGUACUACGUUUGUUAUCAAAUAAAUUUGCUAAAAAGUGA